CAAAGCUCUCAAAAUAUUAAGUACACACUCCUUUAAAAUCGCUUUUAUAAGUAUGCUAAUACAGGUUUUAGUGUUUUUUUUACUUUAUCGAAAUACUUUAGAAGAUUGCGGUCAUAAUCAUUCGGCUGUCCAAGAUCACUACGAUUGUGGCUGUUGUUCGGGCAUAAGUAACAACAAUGGCAAGGUGGUUGGAUUCCAUUGCCAUAAAGAUGACCAAAACUCAAUUUUAAGAUAUGCUUCGGGUGAGGAAAGUGCGUUUGCUGAAUGUGUGCCGAACUGUUUUGAGAUAAAAUAUCCCAUUGAGGAAUACUGCUGUUUCUGGUCACCGAAUCUGGGCUGUACGAUACUGGUCAAUGAAAAGUAUUUCAGCAAUAAAGACGUGUGCAAUAACUGCAAGUAUUUUUGCCAAAGAACUACAGGAGAUGGAAGGAGCUCAAGUUAUCCACAGAAACUCAUUUUGCUACUCUCAUUACUGCUGAUCGGUUGCAAUUUCUAUCAGAACUAAAGUUCAUAAUUGCCCUUCCGCUUCAAUAAAGAGAGUUACUUUGCAUUAAUCCAAGGACUUACUUAGCCAUCUCAAGGAACCCAAGUUAAUCAAAAAUUAAUAGUGAAAGUAACUCUUUGGCCAUCAUUAUCAUUGUUA